CUCCUUCUCUUUUUUUUCGCCUCCUCCCUUGAACAGAGGAGCGUGCUGGUGUCCCGGUGUGUCGCUGUUGUGAGUCAUUGUGCUCAGAGGGGAACGCGUGGUCAGCAGCACCGUUGGCUUCACUGCAGCCUUUCUGGUAUCCGUUGGUGUGCAAAAUUGAACUUUAAAUCAUGGAUACAGACCAGAGCGAGGUGCCAGAAACUCAAAACCAAGAGGAGAGUAUGACUGAACAAAGGGAAAAAGUAGAGGCAAUGGUAGCGCCCACUGAGCCUGAGAACCCGCCAGCUGCUGUGGAAGAAACUGACCAGCUGGCGGUAAACGGUCAUGCUGCAGAAGUGGAGAGCACACAAGUCGCAGAAGAGCCAGCUGUGGCAGGAAACAUGACACAGGAAAAUAAAGAUGUGGUUGAAGGGGAUGUGAAAAAAACAGAAGAGGAGCCAGUGCCCCAUACAGCCGAAUCUGCAGAGUCAUCUGAAAAGGUCCCAGCUGUAGGUUUAGAGCCAAAACCAGCAAGCACAGAGCAGCCGGCGCCAGAGAAUAUCCCAGAGAAGCCGGCGGAAUCUGUGCCGGAGCCGGAGAAGCCGGCGGAAUCUGUGCCGGAGCCCGUGAAGCCGGCGGAAUCUGUGCCGGAGCCCGUGAAGCCGGCGGAAUCUGUGCCGGAGCCCGUGAAGCCGGCGGAAUCUGUGCCGGAGCCCGUGAAGCCGGCGGAAUCUGUGCCGGAGCCCGUGAAGCCGGCGGAAUCUGUGCCCGAACCAGUCGUUGAGAAGCAAGUUGAAACGCAGGCCCUUAGGCAAGAGACGGAACCAGAACAAACAAAGACUGAGAAUGAAAUGCCGUCUACUGUGGAGGUGAAGAGCGAAAAGGAAGCAGUCACAGAAACUGUGGUUGUGACCAAGGCUUCACCUGAGAAAUCAUCUGAAGCAGUUACAGCGGAAAAGGAACCAUCAGGUGGAGGUGCUGAAGAUAAUCCAAAAGAAGCAAACCUGGAUAAAUCAGAAUCUGUUAAUCCUGAGGAAUCGCCAAAAGAAGGUGAAGAAGCUGAGCCCCAAAAAGAGGAGGAUCAGACCCCUGCACCCAAUUCCCUUUCUUUCCCCCUACUGGAACACGACCAAACCAAAGAUGCCGUACGAAUUUCUCGCACACUUAUUGUCCUCAGGGGCCUUCCUGGAAGCGGUAAAAGCUUCUUGGCACGAGCUAUUGCAGAAAUGUACAAAGACCAGUGUUCUGCUCUCUGUGCUGAUGACUACAGCAUAAAGCCUGAAAAGCCUUCAGCUGAAGGAUACAAAGCUCUGGAUGAUGCCAUAGUAGCUCGCUGCUCUGAGGGGGCGACCUCCCCUCUGCUGAUAGUGGUUGAUGACACCAAUCACACCCACGACCGGCUCGCCCGCAUGGCUGAGAUUGCUGAGGAGCACACUCUUACUGCCCUGUACUUGGAGCCGCAAACCGAAUGGAGCAGAGACCCAAGUCAGCUGAAGAAGAAAAGCAAACGUGGGCUGGAGGAGGCCCACCUGGAAGGAAUGAAGGGUCCCCUGGAGGAAACCACAAUUCCUCUUUUCUUUGGCUGGUUUCUUCUCUCUCCAGUACAGGUCAAGGUUGGUUGCAGUUCUAUGGACUUCCUAAAAACACUGGACACCUUGGAAGCCUUCAAAAAAAACACAGCUGACUUUACAGGACAAGCUGAGAAGGAGGUGGACCUGGAGCAGUACUUUGAAGCAAAAGGAUCUUUCCACUGCACCACAAAGUUCUGCAACUAUGGCAAAGCCGAUGGUGCGACUGAGUAUGCAGGAAAUCCAGUGGUUAAGAAGUCCUACGGUUCUGUCUCUGAGCUGUCGCUGACCGCCCUCUUCGUCACACCUCGCACCUUUGGGGCCAGAGUGUGUCUCACUGAAGAGCAGCUCCAGCUUUGGCCAGCGGAUACGGAGAAGGAGUCGGAGGCGAGCAUCCCCGGAUCUGCGUCCCUGCCUGCCGGAAGCCGCGCCCACAUCACACUGGGCUGCGCAGAGGGUGUCGAGCCAGUUCAAACGGGCCUCGAUCUUCUCCAGAUCCUAACCCUACCAGAGGGGGAGGUAGUGGAGGAGAUGGAGCUCGGCUCGCUGCGGUAUUAUGGCGAAGGGAGGUGGAUGCUCAGCCUCAGGGAGCCCAUCUGUGCUGCAGCUUGCUUUUCCAGCUACUAUGGACGCAAGGAAGUGGAGCCACCUAAGAAAGAACCAGAGAAGAAGAAGAAGCAAAAGUGUGCCAUCCUGUAGAUGCAAACCGGUGUUUGUCAGGGGGUGUGGUCGGUGAAUUAAACUCUAGGCUUACUUGGUGAUAGGUUGGUGUGUUUGUGCAACAUUUAGGGGUUUCUGUUAUAACCGCCCUGAAUCCACAAACUGUGCCUUUUUUUUAAAUGUUGUUUUGCACCACAACCUAAGAUGCCUUAGUCAGCGAGGCUUGUUAUUGGUUCGGUAUUUAUCACACGUUCCUGUUAGGUGAAGUUUUCCUUAGCAUAGCCUCCUCCCACAGCUCUGGUCUCUUCUGUAGGACAAUGACAGAUGCACUAGGUGCUCUGAUUGCAUGCAUCACUGGUUGUAUCACUAAAUUACUCCCAUUACUAAUGUGAUAAAUUUAGCUCCGUUUCUCAAACAAUGUCUCUUUUACCGUCGUCUCAUAAGUCUACGUCUAGUGAAGCCUAGGAAGAAGUGAUUACCUUCUGGACCAAAGUUCUGUAUUUAGUGUUUGAUUCAGUUUCAAAUGCCUGUAAAAUCUAAUCCCUGUGCUUGGCAUCAAAGGGAGAUUGCUGAUCAAUUUGCCAUCUGUUUCAGCAGCUUGCACUUAUGAAAUGCUGUGAAUCUUAAGGCAACAUUUUGCAACCCUUUCUACUGCGCAAUCUUUUAAAGAGUGCUUCCAUGUACUGCUUUUUGAUUUGUAUGCUGUAGCUGUAAUUUUCCUGAAGGGUAUUUUUGCACUUGUUUUGUACGCAAUAAAAACUACAUGCUUUGCUUAAAUAGUUUGA